AUGGAGACUUUUCAAACCAGUUUCAAUUCCAACACCACUUCAGCAAACGAAGCAUUGAAGAGUCUGGAUUCUUUCUUCAAGACUGAGAAGACGAAACUCCAGGAGAUUCGUACUGGUAUUAAAACUGAUCAUGAAUCAUUUCAAGCCAAUAUCUUGUCUCAGCUUUCUCAGCUUAAAGACGAACUGAUGAAGGAGAGUACCUUGAAGGACUCUCUCGCUCUCAAGUCAGAAGAAUCCAAGGUGUUAAGUACCAAACUUGAAGCUUCGGAGAAGCAGCAUGAAAGGUUUCAUGUAAGAUAUGGUGGUAGAUUCGGCAAUGUAGGUAAGACCACAUUAGUGCAAGUGAAGUAUCCAAGGAGUGUACUUGGACUAGAAAACUUCAUAGUUGACCAUGGACUUAUUUUGAGUAACAAAUUCCCAUUAGAAACAUUCUGUGAAAGUGCAGUCAUAUUGACAAGGAUUCUUGAGAUCACAGAAGGUCAAUGCAUAGAAGGAGAAAACAUCCAAGAAAUGUUGAGGAUGGAGAUAUAA